AUGGCUACUACUGAGCUCGACGUAGACGAUGUCAUUGCUGUGACGGAAGCUGAUCUCAGAGACCAACAGAAGCAGGCCAUGGAGUGGGUUCUGGAGGAAUACAGGUCCUUGUCGGCAAGGGCGCUGUGCACACCAACAAGAAUCUGCAAGGAAACCAGCGAUUCCAGGUCCCUGCCGCCGCCGUUCCUUCCAGCAGCCGUGGACUACAGAUCGCAAAUCUCCAAGUCGUAUAUACGUCUCAUGGAUUCCACAUCGUUGGUGACUCCAUCAAGCCGCCGUCGUGCACGGCUGAUGAGGGCGUCCAGAUCACGUGUCCGCAAACAAUUGGAUGACGAUUCUUCAGAUGACGAUGAUUUCUUUAUCUUCACAGCUGCUCGAAUUGUGCACAUGUUUUCAAAGAAGAAACGUAGACCUGGUGGGUCGGUUCCUGGCCAUGUUGUCAUUUAUCGCGAUAGAGAAGGCGGCCAUCGGAGGAUGUAUCAAGAUUAUUUGGCAGACAAUCCGACGUAUGGUCCAGAUUUAUUCCAUCGGAGAUUCAGGAUGAGCAAGGAUCUUUUUCUACGCAUCAUGAAUGCUGUUCAAGUACACGAUGAUUACUUCGUGCAAAAAAGAAAUUGUGCGGGUGUUCUUGGAUUGAGUUGUUUCCAAAAAGUCACUGCCGCUCUUCGUAUGCUCACAUAUGGGGUAUCUGCUGAUGCUAUAGAUGAGUAUAUUCGCAUUGGCGAAAGCACCGCACUUGAGAGCCUACAUAGGUUCGUUGCUGCAGUUGUAGGAAUAUUUGAAGCGGAAUACCUAAGACAUCGGAAUGAGGCUGACAUAGCACGCUUGUUUGCGGUCAAUGAGAAAAGAGGAUUCCCGGCCGAAGUUAAAGCUCCAGAGGUGAACUAUACCAUUAAUGGUCAUGAGUACAAAAUGGGUUAUUUUCUUGCCGAUGGUAUAUACCCCUCAUGGGGUACUAUAGUCAAGUCCAUCUCUAUUCCUAUGGGAAACAAGCGGAGAUAUUUUGCCACAGCACAAGAAGCAGCGAGGAAGGACGUUGAAAGGUUUUUUGGCGUUUUGCAGUCUAGAUUUGCCAUUGUUCGACAACCAGGUCGCAUUUGGGACUCAGAGACGCUUGCAUUGAUUAUGAGGGCUUGUGUGAUUAUGCACAAUAUGAUUGUUGAAGAUGAAAGAAACCUAGACCCUGAUGAGCGGUUCGAUGGUGGUGGUGAAAAUGUGCAACCUGCUCGUGGCCAGCCUACUCGCACACUAGCUGAAUUUAUUAAAGCGCAUAAAAAUAUCCGAGACAAGCCAACACACUUCCAGUUAAAAGAAGACCUUAUCGAGCACCUAUGGAACCAUCAUCCUGAUUUGUACCCUAUGGAACCAGCAUCGUGA